AUAUUUUAGUGUACUAACUACUACGGUGUAGUAGCGUCAACUGUCUGUUCCCUUUAACUUUAGUCUUCAUCUACCGAAUAACUGUGGUUGUUCUACGCAGACAUAAUUAUUAAUAUUUUCUACUAAUCAACUAAAUAUGUAAAUAUUGCGCCUAAAAAUCUCGGAGAUUUGUUAGUCAUCAGAUAAUAUUAUGUUGUUGAGCUGUACAGUUGAGAACUGUGGAAACAAGUUAAUGAAAGGAAAUGGACGGGAAAAUGGAAUUAUAUUUCAUCGACUUCCUUUGCAUGAUAAAGAGUUACAUAAGAAAUGGCUGAAAGCAUUAAAAAUUGAUGACUGGACCCCAACUAAGUAUUACAAUGUUUGCAGUGAUCAUUUUAAAGAAGAUGAUUAUAAAAAGUCACCUUCUGGAGAUAUAUUAACGGAUUUGUUGAGCAAUGCAGUUCCUUCAAUUUUUGAAGAUAGUGCAGAUCCAACAAAUAAGAUAUGUUUUUUUAAUCAAAGAGAUGCACGCGCCAAAGCAAUGAGAGAAAAAGAAAGAGAAUACGUCGCACCAAUUUGUUAUGUUCCCAACUGUAAAACACCAAGAGGAUUACCAAUCUAUAAUUUUCCAUUUGGCGAUGAACGUUUAUUGGACAUAUGGUCACAAAGAACCGGAUUAAGUACAAUGUAUGACACAGAAUUAUAUUUAACUAUAACAAUAUGUAAAAGCCAUUUUCAUGAAAAUUGUUUCUAUGAGAAAUCUUUACAGUUAAAACCUUAUGCCAUUCCAUCUUUAAAUUUGGUUGAUUACUCAGGAUCUCCGGAUAGUUGUUGUCUAAUCAAAACUUUAUACUCGGAAGAAAGUGCAGUGAUGACUUCUACUGGUGAUCGCACGUGGGGAUGGUUGGGUAGUACUGAAGCAUUUGGAAGACUUCCUGAACCCAAUGAGUUUAUUGUCAUCCCUAAAUCUGAUAUAAAUAAGAAAAAGUAUAAACUUAUAAGCUCAACUCAAGCUGCUCAUUGUUUAAUAUAUGCAGAGAACAAUGAAAGAGUAUUUGAUAUUUACAAUCCUCGUGCUUCAAUUCUUAUGCAAUUAAGAUAUGAUGGUUAUUUUGGAUUUCCUGGUGGAUUAAUUGAUGAUGGUGAAGAUUUUGUUACUGCUGUUAACAGAGAAAUGGCAGAAGAAAUGAAUUUAGAUACCACUAAAUAUUCUGUCACUGCCGAUGAUCAUAUUAUAUCUCAUUGGAGUGAGAAAAAAAAACUAGCUUUACACUUUUACAAAUUAAAAGUUGAUUUGGCUGAUUUGAUUGAGAUUGAAAGACAAGCUUUGCUUGCACAAGAUUAUGGAAAUGAAGUGCUUGGUACAGUUAGAGUUCCAUUGUAUACAUUGGGCGACCAUUACCGCGGACUUCCAGUAUUUUUGAAGCACAAAUUUAUUGGUUGUUCUCGGGAUCAACUUAUAGCUGCACUAACAACAUUAAAUAUUUUAACUCCUGAAGAAAUUCAACUUGCUUUAAAUGAAAAUAGUGGACUUUAAUAAUUUUUGUCUAAAUAUAAUAAAUGUACUGUACAGCA